UCCGGGGCUCCAGGACAGGCCCUGUGCUCCGGGGCUCCAGGACAGGCCCUGUGCUCCGGGACAAUGCAGAAAGUGCAGAGUGUGACCCUGGCGCUCACUCUGCCCAUCUCCUGCCACAUCUGCCUGGGCAAGGUACGUCACCCAGUUAUCUGUUCGAACAACCAUGUCUUCUGCUCCAUGUGCAUACAGUCUUGGUUGAAGAACAGUAGCCAGUGCCCUACCUGUAGAAUUCCAAUCACUUCUGAAAACCCUGUCAAGGAAGUACUAGGAGGAACCGAUGGAACAGAAAAUUGUGACAAUCCUUCAACUAAGAGACAUCUUCGAAAAACAAGGCUUGAAUUGUUGCAUAAAGAAUAUGAGGAGGAAAUCGAGUCUUUGCAGAAAGAAAUUGAAGACUUUCGCAGUAAAAACCUGAGCCUAGAAUCGCAACUCAAAACUGUUCUUGAUCCAGUGAACGUGUCAUCCUCCAGCACAGAUCAAGACAGAAAGAAAAGCUUGACUGGACCAGAGAGCGAAGCUAAUUCAAUUGCCCAGCAGGAAUGGGCAACCAAGUUGAAAGCAGCUACUGAGAUCUACAAGAAAACAAAAGCUGAUGUGGAUAAACUUAAAGAAGCAAACCGAAAGCUACGAGUUCAAAAUAGUGAUCUUGUGAGAGAGAACUUGCAUCUGAAGGCUGAAGUUGAUAGCAGAUCGCCACAUAAAUUUGGCAGGUUCACAGUAGCUGCUCUUCAGUCCAAGGUGGACCAAUAUGAACGUGAGAUGAAUCGGCUGAAAAGGGCAUUGGAGCGGAGUGACAAGUACAUUGAAGAUAUGGAGCUUGAAAUUGAACAGCUGAAAGAAAGGGGUAAUGAAAAAGAAAAUGUAAGUGGGAAUUCCUGUUCAGAAUCGCCACCUCCUUUGUUUCAGGCUGGUGAAGAUGAAAGCAGCAAAUUACUAUGGAAUUCUCUUGACGUUACCAAGGAGAAUAGGAUCAUAGCAAUGAGGAGAAGCCUCAGUAAAAUUGAGCAGCCAUCAGUCAGCCAAUUGGACAAUGCUGAAUCAAUGUGUUCAAGCUUCUCUUGGGAACAAAGUCUAAAUGGAAUGCUUUCCAAUUCGGUUGUAAAGAACCGACUUCCUGCUGAUAACGGACUUCUAACGACAGCAACUGUGGAGAAUAAUUCUUUGUCUUCGUUGCAGACGACCAAUGUUAAGCAGGAGGGUUUCUCUCCACCUCGAGAUGAGAGUGAGAUACAUUUUGAACUGCCUAGUCCUUGCACUCCAUCUACUUCACUUGGUGGUCUGCACCUCCACAGCACAGAUGAUGAAGCAAGUCCCCUGACGAAAAAGAAAAGUGGAGGAAAACGGUUGUCCUAUUUAAGAAAACUUUGCUUUGAUGAUGCUAAUUGGAGAAGUGGAUUCUGCGAUGAAAAGAGAAUAUUUUUGAAGCAAGAUGACGGUUGCAUUAACAUGGAGAACUUCAAGAUAGAUCCCCCUGCUAACUCAAUAUUUUGGGAUGCUGAGCGAUCUCUUCCUGCUAAUAAUUUAGGUAACAAUAAUGAGAGGAAAAAUCUUCAGGCUUCUCAUUCUGAAGUGUCUGCAGUCAAAUCAGAGAAUACAAUUCUUCAAGAAUUAGAUGCAACAAGCACUGAUCCUUAUGUUUCUGAAUCUGAGGUUCUCCGUUCCAGAACAUCCAGUGAAACCUCAAUGGAUACAGCUUAUCAAGAGAAAAUAUCAGAGCUAGACUUCAUGCUGGAUGAAACAGAGAACCUUAGGAAUCCUCACUGCACUCCUGUGUCUGAAGACCUUGCUGACCUUGACAUAUCCCUAACAUCAGAGUUGGCUCAGUGUACUGAACUUAUGAAUGAAGCUGAGAAAAGACUGGAACAGAAGAUGAGACAGAGCCAGCCAAACACUUUGGAUUUAAAUGCCAGAAUUACAUCAGUAAAUGGCAAGGGGAGAAAAUCUGUUCUAUCGACCGUCGUCACGCCAAUUACAUUGGACGUAAAAGAAGAAUCUGAUUUAUUUCAAGAGCAAAAUAUUAUUAAUCUUGUUCAAAGUCGUAAAAAUAUUGUCUUGGGUAGAAGUGAAGAAUCCUUAGAUUCUUUGUCUUCAGAAAAAAAGUCCUUCCAUAUUGAUUUUAGUUCUCCUAUUCUCUCAGCAUCUUCUCACACAUCUGACUUUCAGCAAAUCAAACCAUAUUUAUUGGAGAGCUGUUUAAUCCCUGAAAAUGAAAAAGUACUGGGAGCAGCCAACAAUAACAACCAGACCAGUAAAAGAAAAUUGCAGAAUAAUGUGGAUAUAGCUAGUCCAUCAAAAUCUUCAAAAAGAGAUUAGUAAAUGGAAAUCCUUGAUUCGAUUUGGAUUGUUCUUACUGUUUUGUGCAAAAUGUGUGAGUGUUUAUUUGUAUUUUCGCAUUGCCUUCAUAGUGUACUGAUAAAUAUACAAGACGGAGACAUUCAGUGAACAACAGUUAAGCAGAAUAACUCCAUGUAGCGAUUUGACAUUUUUCUGAAUCCAAAAUGUGAUCAGGCGUAUCACCAUCACCAUCGUCGAUUCUUGCAGCAAUGCUACAAUAGAAAGAUACAUUUGUUUUGAAAAUUGAUUCCAAAACAGUGCCAGAAUAUAUUACCUAAAACUGAUUUGAGGAAUAAACUGAAUGGUUUAAAUAAAUUGAGUUGACCUUGGAAAGAAGGAAGUCAGUAAGGAGCAAUAGCAACAACAACAACAACAAAAUUAUGCCUUUCAU